AUGGCAAUACCUGCUGUAAUCUCUGUUCUCGCUACAUUACCAAAGCAACAAGAACUUCACAUUCAGAAUCAUGGCCUAAAGCCCGGUUUCCAUAGAAAAAAAAAGCCGUUUCAACAUUCUCCGGUUAUUACAACUCAAUUUUCAGUGGAAAUUGCUUUGGUUCUACGCAAAAGUAACCUCAAGUUGGUGCAACUUUGUAAAAAUGCUAUUGCGAUUCACAUCGUCAACAAUGGAACGGGUUUAUGUGCAGCAAAAAAAAGAAGGCAGAUAGAAGGUUGCACAAAUAAAAAACAAGACAUUACCGCGGAAGAGAAUUCUUUGCCAAAUUGUUGCCACGAGACAACCUAA